CAUUACUCUCACAUACUUAGGUUUUGAAGGAGGGGAUCAUGGCAAUGAAAGCAGAGAGUGUAGGACGAGGAGUUCUGAAAAUGACUCUGUUUAAACUUGUCAGGCAUCGUAUUGAUUUUAAACAUGUCAUUUUCUUCAAACAAGUUCGAAACCGAUCCAUUACAGGUCACGUGCCUACUGAUGUGGCUUUAAAAACAAUUACGGGCGGGCGCGUGGACCGCUGGUUGCAAUCAUAUGAAGAUUUUGUUGGUCUGACGGAGGUUAAGCAGGCACAAACUAAUGUGAUACAGGCUGAGAGUAGAUUCCUUGCUGUGCAAGAAGAACGCAGACAAAAACAGCAGGCAAUGGAAGCUGUUCAGUCACGUGUGAGAGCAAUUAGUGCAGAACUGGAGAAGACCAACCGGGCAGAUCCUCGUUACCUUGACCUAGUUCGAAAUGAGCAUUCCAUUAUUCGAGAAGAAAAUGACUUAGCCAGUCAAAUCAGAAACCUUGAGAAGGCAGAGCGUGAGAGCUUUGCAGUUUUGAGCUCUGCUCUUCGUGACAGCCAUGAAAAAGAGAGAGCUAGGGCAGAAAAAACCAAGUACUGGUCUAUCAUUGGUUCCAUCCUUGGAGCUAUUAUUGGAAACGGCACAACCGUAAACAACCACUUGAAGAUGAAGGAACUGAGGGGGCUGGUCACAAGUGCAGGAGAAAAUAGUGAAGACCUGCGUAAUUUGUCCAUUCAGCUUUGUGAAUCAGUCCGUGCUCAGUCUCAAAAGAUGGACAGCUUUUUAGUUGAUCUACGUGGUGCAGCAGAAGGAGGAGACAAUCCAAAAGUUGCAGCUUAUUUUGAGAAGAUCAAGUUAGCCCCACCACAGUUCAGUGGCAGUGAGUUACAGCAACAGACAGAGAAAAUUCUCCAUGCCUUGAAACUGCAGGAGGAAAAUCUGGAUUCAGAAAUCCGUGAAAUCAGGCAUCUUUUAGGAUUAGAAAAGUCUCAAAUGUUGAAGGGUGAUGAUGCUGUAGUGUAUGUGGGACCUGAAGUUGAAAGUAUGAUGAAAAGGACGGAAGAGAACUUGGAGAGGAAAAUUAAGUACAGUGCCUUGGCCUCUGCCACAUUUGUUUAUGGAGCACUGGCCCUAACAUUACCUAUUAUUUUUUCAUUUCUCCGUGGUGGUUCCUAGAGUCUUGUUUGGACUUGUUUGUGAACUGUGCAUUUUAACUCAUAUUAAUGACAUUCUGUUGAUGGUGGUAUGUUUCUACUGGUAGUAGUAGCAUACUGCCUCUUUGCAUGUAGAGCAGAAUAUCUGAAUAACAAGCCUAGCUAUCAUAGUGCAAUGAAGUAGAAGACAUUAAUUUCUGUGAGUUGUGCAUAGAUUACUAUGAAUUUGUUAUACUUCUUAAAUAGAUGGAUAUUUUGUUAAUAACAGAAGUUGGUGAAUGCAGGAUAAAUAAUCUGAGAAUGCAAAAUGUUAAAAAACUUCAUAAAAUAACCAGAUGUAGACAUGAUGCAUGACAAUUUGCAUAUUGAUACCAGAGUGCCUUUAACAUUGAAAAUAUUUAACACAUCUUAUUACUAGACUGUGAUAUUAUUUAUUGUAUAUUUUAGGAAUAUUUAACAGGCUUUUGUCAUGCAUGCCAAAGAAGAGCUAUCAGUCCUAUCAAAUCAGUUUUUGAACAAUACAGGAUGCUAGUUCCUUAGAUCCAAGUCAAAGUAGCAGCCUAUUAACAUCACCAUGUGUAGAAUAAAGGCAAAACCUGUGACAUUAUAAAUGAUCAUAUAUAUCCAAUUACCUACGGUUUCAGCUCUCCCAUUGGUUGUAGUCUUACCAGCACAAACAUAUACAUGUACAUUCCUGAUAUCAGGGCUUUAGAGCUCUUUCUGCGUGUGGUGGUGUUUGUAGGCUUGUACCUCAUGGUAGGUUGGGGAAAGGCUACAAAAAUCUUGCAUCCUGUUUUGUACAAAAAAAUAUAUAUAUAUUACACUCUGGUAGACCUUUUCACCAUUUUUGUUUCAAGCCAUUAUUAAUAACACAGCAACAUUGUAACUGUUCUUUGGGGUUAAUUUAGCAAUGUGGCUAGACAUAAAAUCAGGUUGAAAUAAUACUACUUUAGUUUGUUAACAGCACAUUGAAUUAAAUGUAUAUAAAGACACAGGGGCAGUGAACAUGCGGUGCAACUUUUCUCAAGCCUAAUACUCUCUUCAGUCAUAUAAAAAGAUUUACACAAAAUAUUGAAAUAAAAACUUCUUCUCUUCUUCAUUUAAGGACAUAAGUUAUCAAGAUGAUGGUAUUAAGUUUAAGUUUGAUACCAUUAGAGUAGGCUUUCUUCAAGUAAGAUGUGUGUAUAUAUAUAUAUGUGUGUAAAGUUGCAUGACUUUUGUACAGGAACAUACAGUAGAUUCCAUUUUUUUGUGAUGAAUACAUGUUUUCUUCAUUAGUCAGGAGAACACUAUAGAUAACCUAGUCUCCCCAACUUUUUCACUUACGCAAUUAUCCUACUAGUGUUCGGCAUUACACAUGUAGUCAAUAUUGGCUUUAUUUUAAAGUAUUGCUUAUUAUUAUACCUACUUCCUACAACUUUCAAAAUGAAAUAGCUAUGCAGAUUUUGCGCAAAAGUAUAUAGAGUUAAAUCACUUGGAAAACAGAAUUCUAGAUUGGAGAUUUUUCUUUUCUUCUAUACAGUUCUGUUUACAAUUGUAGAGAAUGCAGGGUAGAUAAUUCAAGGAGUCUGUGUUCUAUCUAGCUAUCUUUAGUUCUGCGAUGAACUUCAAAUCAAAUCAAACUUUAUUGUCUGUCGAGGAAACCCAAGACAGAAAUUUUUCUUUUGCUCACAAACACAUAUGAUGGGCAGACAUACAUACUCAUACAGACAUUUCACACACACAUGCACCUACACUCACACACAAAUAGGUAACUUCGCAGGAUGCCAGUAGACCUAUGAGUCCUUGUAUAUUUUAUUUAGGAUGGUGAUGGCUGCUGGCACGAAGGACCUUUGGUAGGCAGUUUUUCGUACACAUGGCACUUUAUAGCUCCUGCAUGAGGGCAACAGCUGGAAGUUGGGAGGGAGAGGGUGCGUUAGGUAAAGAAUGGCACUGGCAUUACUUUUAAUUACUGGCACCUACCUAAAGAAUGGCACUGGCAUGCACUUGGGGAGCAUUUUUUAAAAUCUGCUUGGUUUUACUUUUCCUUUGUUAUUUGGGCAGCUGUGUUUCCACUCCAUUAAAGCUUGUUUUUCCUUUUUCUUUCUUUGCAAAUGUUAAGAUAUUUAGUCUUCUUUGAGAAUCAUAGAUACAGUGAUACCUCGGUUCUCGAACAUAAUUCGUUCCGGGAAGACGGUCGAGAACCAAAUUGUUCGAGAACCGAAGCAAUGAAACCCAUAGGAAAUAAUGGAAACUGGAUUAAUUCGUUCCA